UUUAUUACGGUAGAACUUCCAUCAUGAAGACCUCCGUGUUAUUGUUAAUUGUUGCCUUCUCCGCACGUUACACUGUCAAAGUAGCUGAAGCUCACUGUGGUCUGGGAGGAUGUAAGUGCAGCGCUGAGCCCGAGGGCACAUGUUGUCCUGGUUACACAUGCGGUCGAGAGAGCAGAUGUGUGGAAAUCGUUCCCAUCAGAGAUGAGUUUGUGUACCCGUACCCCUACGACUUCAACAACUACGGCUACACGGAGUCUGGAGUUCCUGGCUAUGAGGCUCGUUAUGACCCCAUCUCUGGCUACGUCGGUGGCUCCACAGCCUUUGGCAACAACUUCGUCGGUACCGAGUACGGUGUUGGAAGAGUACCCUACUCUCCGUUCUUCUUUGCUGGCUUCUAAAUAACUAUUCGAUGACUUUAUUUAUUAAAUAAACAUUUGCCUCUUUUUUA